AUGAUGGAACCGGAUUUUACCUUUGGCCUCAUCAGGGUCAUAAUUCUACUGCUCGGCGUCUAUGCGCUGUCCGCGUCACUCUAUGGCUCGUUGUUCGCGAAGCGCGCGCCGUCAAAGGCCGCUGAGAAGACGAGCGAACCGCCCACGAUAUCGUCGCGGAUCCCAUACAUUGGCCAUGUACUCCAAGUUAUGAGGACUGAUUUCCAAGAAUACUUUGGCCGGCUUUCGGUGAGCCAGGCGACGCCAGUGUCCGUGGCGCAGCUCUUUACGCAGAGGAUCUACGUGGUCGACGCCUCCGACACGGAAAUGACCAAGCUCUUCGCCAGGACGCCCGGCUUGAGCCUCACCGCCGCCUUCUGGGUCGGCUUCGGCGGCUACCUGCACUUCAACAAGGCCAGCGAGGAGAGCAUGAUGACGCCGGACAAGCACCCCUUCAAGAGGGAGCUGUCGCGUCUCCUCCGCGAUGAGCUCCAGACUCUCGAAAAGGUGCAGAAGCUCGGAGCGCAAGUCCAGAGAAAGAUCAACCAAGCGUGGCAGCGAACUGUCCCGGAUGAUUCGAACACGGUCAAGCUCGCAGAGUGGGUGUCGGACGGCAUCGCCAUGUCUGUCGGCUCCGUCAUCUGGGGAGACAAGGGGCCCUACGACGACCCCAAGUUUAGACAGAGUCUCCGAACGAUGCUUUGCGGACUGCGCCGCUUCUAUCACCCUCUCACGCUCUUUCUGCCGAGCUCCUUUCGCCGUGCUCGAGAUCACGUCCGUGCCGGUCUGAGCACGCUCGACGCGCCACGCAGCGGCGACCAAGAGGAGCCGGACUGCGACGACCUGUGCUUCAUCGGCAAGGUCAAGAUCCUCCUGCAAAAGUACAGCAUCCCGCAGGCCGGCUGGAACGACUUCUCCUUCUCCCUCAUCAUGGGCGUCUUCCCCAACCUCAUCAACAUCACCACCUGGGCGCUGUGGCACCUCGUCGCCGACGACGAGCUCAUGGCCGCCAUCCGUGCCGAGGUCGACGCCCUCGUCGAACCAAGCCCCGAUCCAGCCAACAGCCAGCGCAAGAAAGUGGACGUCAGCCGCGUGCGCGAGUCCUGCCCGCUGCUCAUGUCCUUCUGGUACGAGCUGCUGCGGCUGUACGCCGCCAACUCCAACAUCACGCGCCUCGUCACGCACGACGCCGUCUUCCCCGGCGGCAGCCUGCUCUCCUUCCGCCGCAAGGCGCUCGUCGUCGCCCCGAUGCUGCCGCACCAGCACGGCCGCGACGGCUGGGGCCAGGACGCCGAGGUGCUGCGCGCGGACCGCUUCCUGGACGCCGAGGGCCGGGUGGACGCGGGCCUGGUGCGGCGGCUCAUGGCGUUUGGCCUGCCGACGGUGCUCAUGUGCCCCGGCCGCUACGUCGUGUUUAACGUGGUCAUGCUCAACAUUAUCAAGACGCUGCUGACGUUUGACAUCGCGCCGGCGCGGGGCGAGACGCUCAACGGCGGGCAGGGCGUCUGCAGGCCGAGGAGGAGCAUGGUGGCCGGCGUGCCGGAGCCGUCUCAUGAUCCGGAGCUGGUUUUGACGAAGCGCGUGGAUGUUGGGUCGGUGCAUGUAACGUUUGAGAACCAAAGGCCCGGGUGGUAG